ACCUCUGCUUCUUCACGCAGCUUGCUCAACAGCGCUCGACGGUCUGAUGCCCCGGUACGGAGCACUGCUAGCACCGCUCAUCUGCCAAGACCGGCGUCGCCGAUCCGCACUUCACUGCUGCAGCGCUACCAGUCGUAUUGACGUGGUCGUUGGAUGAAGGCUCCAGCUCUGAAUCUCCAUUGGCAGCAGCGCAAGCCUUGGAGGCUUCAUUUCGGGCUGUUCUCGCGCUGUCCAGCGACUGCGUUCGAUAAGCUGCUCAACCGCGCGAUGCCUUUGCCGCCCUUCCGCGCGGGCAACUUCUUCGCUCUGUGCGCUACCUCGGAGGGCCGUGCUAUGAUCAGGACGAGCAUCGCGGACCUGCGCCCAACGAUCUUUGCCUUUAGCGUUCCGUGGCUACUCAUCUGCGGCAUAUCGGCUGCUUGGGAUGUCGCUUUCGACUUCGCAGCAGAGGGAAAGGUCAGCUACCUCAUCUUCAUGGUUUUCUUACUUCAAAGCGGGCCCGUUCCAGUGGGAUUACAGCUGGAUGGUGGGAUUGCUCACCAGUUUGACGCACGGCUUGAGCGACGCACAACACCCCGUACUCCACGCCAUAGCCUACUCGGUGAUCGCGCUGCAGCUCUUAAAGACCUUCUCGGCCCGGUCGUUCCUGUGCCUGUACGUGGUCGGCGUACUCGCGGGCAGCUUCUCCGGCUUGCUGUGGGCCGAGUAUCGUCGGAAGUGCGCCAGGGACAUGGGCGUCGUGGAAGACAAGCUGCCUCGACUGUUGACCAGCUCAGUCGGCGUUUUCUACGCCAUGCUGUCUGCAUUCAUUCUGUCUGUGCCCUCGGAUCCGUUCUACUUCCGAGGCGUUCGCCGAAAUAUAAAUACAGGUUUCCUCAUGUUCGAGCUCCCACUGCUAGCCUUUACGCUGUACUGCCUGGUCCGAGAAAGCCGUAACGAGGCCGCACUUCUCGACAACUCGCAGCCUGAGUA